AAGGGGGAACGGUGGGCGUUCAUCCUGCUGUUUAUUCAUUUUCUGAGGUCCUAUAUUCCUUUGCCUAUCAGUGACUUGGAUACAACCGACAAUAGGACACUACCUGGCUGCAGCGUGUGCAUUUAGCCUCAAUUGCAAGAAAGGUGAGUUCUUGGGUCGUUUUGAGGCUGGGCCAUAGAGAUGACCAGGCUGUGACGGGUGGGUUCUGUGUGUGUCUGUGUUGGACCAACCCUGGCAUGGCUACUGCUAGGAAGAGCUCCGCGUCGAAGGUGGGAGGUGUUAGUUUCUCAGAAGAGCCAGCCACCGCUGUCGCCGGCACUCCCUCCCAUGUCCACUUUGAUGAGAAGCUCCACGACUCUGUUGUCAUGGUGAUCCCUGAGCCUGAUGGGAACUUUAUGGUCAAGGUUGGUUUCCUGAAGACCCAGCACAAGUAUGAGAUUGUUUUCACCCUCCCGGAGGUUCCAUCACUGGGGAAGGACGUGUCUCCAGCUCCAGUACCCAACCCCCACGUCCGCAUCACCGAUAUCACUCCUGUACCAGAGGGUGGUCUGAGAGUGACAUGUGAGUACAUGGCCCACCAGGAGGGGGUGCUGUGUGAGGAGGUGAUGCUGGUCAGUGAGAGCCAGGAGGAUGUCUGCGUGGGGGUCAAGGUGCACGCCCGCGUCAUGGACCGUCACCAUGGUACACCCAUGUUGUUGGAAGGAGUGCGUUGUGUGGGAGUGGAGCUGGAGUAUGACUCUGAACAGAGUGACUGGCAAGGAUUUGACUAAACCAGACAGUGACACACACUCACAAAAGGCCGUGCCACACACAUUUACAUUUUAGUCAUUUAGCAGACGCUCUUAUCCAGAGCGACU